AUGUCUGAGGGCAAUAUUCCGCCCAAUGCCACUUCAGAUGCUCUGCCUAAGCUAGCGAAGGAUACUACUCAAGCAGAGAAUGAAACCGCAGCGGAAACGAACGGUGCCAACUUGGAGGAUAUUUUGUUUAAUGACGACGAUGACGAUGAUGAAUACCCCUUUUCCAGCGCAGCAGACGCAAAUGCGCAAAGCUCUCAGCCGGAAAACACGCAGUAUGGUCUCCUGCCCAGCUUUGCGAAGUGGUGCGCUGAUAGGGACCGCUUAUUCCCUUUCAAAUACCUCUAUCAAUGGCUUAAUCAUGGCGUCAAACCAUCCGUCGACUUUGGAAACCGAGAAUUCGCAUUCACCCUACAGAACGAUGCAUAUCUUCGCUAUCAGUCUUUUCCAGCCGCUGAAGGCCUCCGAAAAGAGAUUAUACGUCUCAAUCCAUCUCGUUUUGAAAUUGGCCCGGUUUACAGCACCAACCCACGCGAUCGCAAAUCCCUCCCAAAAUCCAGUGCUUUUAAUUUUAAACCCGUUUCCAAAGAAUUAGUGUUCGAUAUCGAUUUGACCGAUUACGAUGAUAUUCGAACCUGCUGUGAAAAGGCGAACAUUUGCCCCAAGUGCUGGGCCUUUGUGACCAUGGCGAUUAAGGUGAUCGACAGUGCUCUCCGGGAAGACUUCGCCUUCGAACAUAUACUCUGGGUCUACUCUGGUCGGCGUGGCGCGCAUGCAUGGGUAUGCGAUCAAAGCGCUAGGGAUCUACCUGAUGACCGGAGGAAAGCCAUCGCUGGAUAUCUCGAACUCGUUCGAGGCGGUUCUCAGAGUGGGAAGAGGGUGAAUCUCAAACGGCCACUUCACCCACAUAUUAAUCGCAGUUUAGAUAUCCUUCGGCCAUAUUUUAGCUCCACGAUAUUAAACGAUCAAGACACGUUUGCUUCCUGGGAUCAAACAACCCGUCUUCUUCAACUCAUCCCCGACAAAUCCCUUAAAAACUCUCUACAGAAAAAAUGGGAAUCUGCUCUUUCUCGUGAUAGUACCCUAAAAUGGUCGGAUAUCGACGCUGUGGCUAAAACUUCUGGCAGCCGUGGCCUAGAUACCAAGGCCUUACUCGAAGCAAAGCAGGACAUUGUCUUGGAAUACACAUACCCUCGUCUUGAUGCAGAAGUUAGCAAGAAGCUAAUCCAUUUGCUCAAAUCGCCUUUCGUUGUCCAUCCAGGUACCGGGCGGGUCUGUGUGCCAAUCGACAUCGGCAAAGUCGAUCAGUUCAAUCCGCUGGAUGUACCCACUGUUUCAGAGCUUCUGGACGAAAUUAAUGCUUGGGAUUUGAACCACGCACCUGAACCGGAGACUGCAGGUCAAAAUUCUCCGCCUGCCGCAGAUGGAGAAAAUGGGAACCAUUGUACAAAUGCGAUAGAUCGUGACAAUAAGCAUAAAAAGUUGCAUGACUACGAGAAAACUAGAUUAAAGCCGUUUAUUGAUUACUUUCGGAAAUUCGUUGCCAAUUUGAAUCGGGAUGAACGGGUUUCCAGCAAAAGGGAGAGAGAUGAAGAUGGCAUUGAUGAUAUGGGAUUUUAG